CAUACCAUAGUUAUCAUGUCUGAGAAAGGUAAUGACUCAAACGGUCAGGAUUAUGUUUUGAGAUUUUUAGUUUUCUUGGCUGCACCAAAGUCGAUUAAACUAGAUUUCUGAAAGAAAGAACGGAAGAUGACAUAUCUGUAGCAGGAACUGCAACCGGAAACGACUGCGUCUGGCUGCAAUUCUUAAUGCUGGCAUCUUUCUGGAGGAAACUAGAAGGGACAUGGUAAUGACAUCUGAGCGAGAAACAUUCAGCGCUUCCGGGCCUGUACAUCUAAGUCCUGUUAAUUGGGAUAAUCCUGACCAUCAACGAUCUGUUGCCGCUAGUUUAGUUCAAGCUGUCUAUGUUCUCGAACGCGACCGCCAAUUGAAGCGCAAAGGAGCUGAUGCCCUUGCACCCCCUUGGUGGGAAUUCUUUGGUUUUAAGUUAGCACAUCCUCUUAUUGAUGAUGCAGAUUUGUCAGUUUUUGGCGCAAUUUUUGAGUUUAAUGACCCACUUUCAUGUCUAAGCUUCCAAUCUCAGGCUUCUCCAAGUGCAGUCAUUGCUUUCCGGGGCACAAUACUAAAAGGAGAUUCUUUGUCUCGAGACUUGAAAUUAGACCUGAGCAUAGUUCAUCAUGGCCUUCAUCAAACUUCUCGUUUUCACACUGCAAUUGAGGCAAUUAGAAAUCUUGUUCCUGUAUAUGCAAAUAAUAUAUGGUUGUGUGGCCAUUCUCUUGGUUCAGCCAUUGCCAUGCUUGCUGGCAAAUGCAUGGCUGAGAAAGGUAUCCUUCUAAAUACAUUUUUGUUCAAUCCUCCAUACAUUUCUGCGCCAAUUGAGAGGAUUAAAGAUCAGAAGGUAAAAACCAGCCUGCGGAUAGCCAGCAGUCUUAUCACUGCUGGCCUUGCAAUGGCUGUUAAAGGAAGGAGUUUUGUAUCCGAAGCAAAUGAGUUGUUCACUGCUCUUUCAGCAUGGACUCCUUGCUUAUUUGUGAAUCCAGCUGAUCACAUAUGUGCAGAGUACAUUGGGUAUUUUGAGCACCGGAAUCUUAUGGAUGCCAUCGGGGCAAGCAAACUCGAACGGCUUGCAACACAACACUCUAUUGGAGGCUUGUUAAUGGAUGCAGUUGGACAGGAAAGCCAACCUUUUCAUCUCAUUCCAUCAGCAAACAUGACCGUGAACUUACAUCCAGCAGCUAAUUUUAAACAGGCUCAUGGUAUUCAUCAGUGGUGGAGUCUGGAUUUGCAUCUGCAGUCCAAGCUGUAUAGAUAUGUUGGCUAACUGGAGAUGAGUUUUUCUUACAAAAGUUGGUAAAAGACCAUGCAGUGCAUGUGGCUUUGCGUGCGAAGGAGAUGCCAUUCUCAUUCAUUUCCACAUUCACUUAAAAGAUGAGCAACUAUAGCUGGAGUUUGGAGAAUCUUAUAGAACCAGAGCAAUUUCAUGAUGAUCUAUUAUUUCCCAAGAUGAAAUGCAUACUUCAGAUAGGUGGAUUUUGUGUUAUAAGGUGGAUUCUAACACUAAUUGAGCAAAAAAAUAUUCCUUUCAGGAAAAUUCAUAUCUGGUUAGCCAAAUCGGUAAGGAAGCUUAAAUCAGUUGAAGCAUGAUUUAGUGUUAUCUUUUGUAGCUGUUUACUUAUUAUUUUCAGCAUUUUUUUUUGCUUAUGUCAAAUGAACCACAGGUAAGCAUGUGAAAUCAGACUUGGAAAACGAUUGGCUGGUUACUGUUGCUGUGCUCUGUUUUGUUAGCAGUAUCUUUCCCUGCCUGGUUAACGCUUUCCAUGUAAAACCAGAUAAGAAUCUGGUUAACUAAAUUUAGCUAGCCAAUAAAGAA